CGUUUUUAUCCUUGUACCACUCGCUGCUGCCUCCUUGUGACUCUGCCACGCAUCUGAACGGCAGCGUCUUCCUUCGAGGCUUGCUAAGCUGAAGGCUGAAGUAUUAUUAUAAAGAACGUGUGAGACAUUUGAACUUGCACGUGACAUUAUUCAGAAAUGCUUGUAGCUCGAAACCUCUCCCCUUCAAAGCUUAAGCCACUCUUUUAUCUAUCGCUCCUUUCUGAAUGCAGAAGCGAUUACCGCUCAAAUAUCUUUUCAUCCUUAAUACCAUACUCAAAAUCCCAUCUCCAGAACUUCCCAAGAUUUUCUCCUCAACCAUCAUUUUGUUUGUUUAGGUUUUUCUCUUCACAACCUGCAGAUUCAGCUACAAAACAGAAUUUGCCCCUCUCUCGUGAAGGUAAUUAUGAUGAAGUCACUUCCCAAUCUCUUCAUGUUUGCCCUGGCUGUGGGGUUUAUAUGCAAGAUUCCAACCCUAAACACCCUGGUUAUUUUAUCAAACCCUCUGAGAAGGACUUGAAUUAUAGAUUGUACACCAAUCUUGAACCCGUUGCGCAAGAGCCUGAGUUCUCUAACUCUGUUAAAAGGGGAAUUGUUAUUGAACCGGAAAAGCUUAAUGAUGAUGAUGUAAACUUGGUAAAGAAACCUGGGAAGCCAGUGGUGUGUGCACGUUGUCAUUCGUUGAGGCACUAUGGGAAGGUAAAGGAUCCGACGGUGGAAAACUUGCUACCUGAUUUUGACUUUGAUCACACAGUGGGUAGGAAGUUGGCAUCAACAAGUGGGACACGAUCUGUGGUGCUGAUGGUUGUGGAUGCUGUGGAUUUUGAUGGGUCGUUUCCAAGGAAGGUUGCAAAGUUGGUUUCUAAGACGAUAGAGGAUCAUUCUGCUGCAUGGAAGCAGGGUAAGUCAGGGAAUGUGCCUAGAGUGGUGCUUGUGGUGACAAAGAUUGACUUGUUGCCUAGCUCAUUGUCACCAACAAGGUUGGAGCACUGGAUUAGACAGAGAGCAAGAGAGGGUGGGAUUAAUAAGGUUACUAGUUUGCACAUGGUGAGUGCACUGAGGGAUUGGGGACUGAAGAAUCUUGUGGAUAAUGUGGUUGAUUUGGUGGGACCUAGAGGGAAUGUGUGGGCUGUUGGGGCUCAGAAUGCAGGGAAGAGUACCUUGAUAAACUCUAUAGGGAAGUAUGCUGGAGGGAAGAUUACACAUCUGACUGAAGCACCUGUGCCAGGUACUACACUAGGCAUUGUUAGAGUGGAGGGUGUUCUUCCAAGUCAAGCAAAGUUGUUUGAUACACCCGGCCUUCUUCAUCCUUACCAGAUUACGACGAGGUUGACGAGGGAAGAGCAAAAGCUUGUUCAUAUGGGCAAGGAAUUGAAACCUAGGACGUACAGAAUUAUGGUUGGUCAUUCGAUUCACAUAGCUGGUCUAAUGAGAUUGGAUAUAGAUGAAACGUCCCUGGAUACUAUUUAUGUCACAGUGUGGGCAUCUCCUUAUCUUCCACUACAUAUGGGUAAAAUUGAAAAUGCGUGUAAAAUGUUCCAAGAUCAUUUUGGGCAACAGUUACAGCCACCAAUUGGAGAAAAUCGAGUACAAGAACUGGGAAAUUGGGUGAGAAGAGAAAUCCAUGUUAGUGGGAACAGUUGGGAGUCAAGUUCAGUAGACAUUGCUGCUGCUGGCCUCGGUUGGUAUGCCAUUGGACUUAAAGGAGAUGCAGUGUUAAGUGUUUGGACUUAUGAAGGAGUUGAUGUUGUUCUUCGCAAUUCUUUAAUACCCUAUAGAUCACAUACUUUUGAAGUUGCAGGGUUUACUGUGUCCAAGAUUGUGUCCCAGUCUGACCAAGCUCUAAAUAAGUCACGGCCGCGAAAUGACAAAAAGGCGAAGGGAAUUGACUCAAAAGUGCCAACCAGUUUUGUUGAAUCACGACUUUUGACUUCUGAUUGAAGCAUCCAAUACUGUUGUCAGUUUGGGAUAAAGAAAAAAGGAUUGAAUUGCCAUCUAGUUUUCCAUACAAUAAAAGAGAAAGAGAUGAAUCAAGAAUCUAAACAUAUAAUGUCAAGUUCAUCAAUAUCUAAAGUUCAAGAAAGUGGAGGCACAGUGGUGAGGAAUGAGGAUAAAAUGUGGCAUAAGAUAGUUUACCCUGUCACCAUCCUAAGAUUUUUCAAAGAUAUUGUUUUUUUUUAUUAUCUUGAAAUAAUUGUUGCAAUGGGUUGUCGGGAUAAAAGUGAAAUAUAUGCAGCGAGAAAUGGUUAAUAAGCGCUUUAUAAUAUAGUAUUAUUUUUAACA